GGCUGCUGUACCUCUUCUUUGCUGUGAUCGGCUUUGGGGUCCUUGUUCCCCUCCUGCCUCACCACUGGGUGCCCGCUGGCUACGCUGCUCUCUCAGGUCCCCUGAGGAGUGAGGUAGGAUCAUAAUGGGUACCAGGUACCCACCUUGGGCCUGGAACUGGCCUGGGCCUUCGGGAUGCAAGCUGAGCCCUAGGGUGCUGGGCCCCCAGCUGAAGGGAAGGCUGGUGCACUGGAGAUGGUGAUCACGCCACAUGGUAAGUGCAGCAGACUGUGAGGGCAGGCGGAGGCCACCUACACCAGCAUCACCGCAUAUCCACAGGCACACUCGCAGCCUGUGGCUCCCCUCCUCCCCUGCCCCACCUCUCCCCACGUGCUCUUGGCUCCUCCCCCUUCCUUCCUCACUUAAAUCCAGUCAGUCAUCCAGCCCUGUUGAUUUUGCCUCCUAAAUAGACACUGAAUUGGCUCCUGGUUUCUGCCACUGCCAACUGCCUCUCUUCCCUGGAUGACCGCUGAGUUUCUAAACGGGUCCCCCACACACACUCUCACCUCGGCCAGCCCCCAUCUGCAUUCCUGCUCUUUCCAAAAACCAAAUCUGAUAAUGUUGCGCCCCAGCUCCAAGCUUUCUAAUGGUUUCUUCCUGCCUUAAGCAAUGAGGCUCAAGGCCGGGUGCGAUGGUUCACACCUGUAAUCCCAGCAUAUUGGGAGACCGAGGCGGAUGGAUCACCUGAGGUCAGGAGUUCCAGACCAGCCUGGCCAACAUGUGAAACUCCGUCUCUACUAAAAAUACAAAAGUUAGCUGGGUGUGGUGGCGCAUGCCUGUAAUCCCAGUUACUUGGGAGGCUGAGGCUGGAGAAUCGCUUGAACCGGGGUGGGGGGGUGGAGGCUGCAGUGAGCUGAGAUAGCGCCAUUGCACUCCAGCCUGGGCAACAGAGGGUGACCCUGUCUCAAAAAAAAAAAAAAAAAAAAAAAAAAAAAAGAAAAGAAAUGAGGCUCAACAUGGCGUCAAGGCUCCGCAUUCUGGACUCUGCCUCUCUCCCCCAUUUCCUCUGAUGUGAUUUUCCCUGUCCUCUUCUGUUUCCACGGCACUGGUCUCUGCCUGGAAGCCCCUUGUCUCUCUCCCUGCUCCCAACACCCAGCUAAAUUAGAGGCCGAGAACUAGCAGCCUAUGGGCCAGUCCAGCCUGCAGAUUUGUUUUUUUGAAUUGAAGGAUAGUUAACAAAGAAAAUGCACAGAUCUUAAUGUUCCUUCUAUAGGCAUGUUUUUUAAAUUAUUUAUUUCCUUAACAUUUAAACAUUGAGAGAUCUCACAUAAAAACCCAGACUUCUGGUUCCUUUUGAGAAGCCAGAAAUUGGCCACACAGACCCUCAUUCUUGCAAGACAGCUGUGAGCUGGAGGCACACUUCAGCCGAACUGCUGGUGGGCAUUCCACAAGUUCCCCAUAGCCACAGUCCCUAGCCAGGCCCCCUUUCCUCUUUACCUGCCAGGUCCCUAGAAUCCAUUCCUCUCCAAGUCUCAGCUGAGACAAUACUUCCUUAGGUAAGCCUUCUGGACCCCUUCAGACUAGAUGAGGUCACUUGGUUAUAAACUGGCAUAGUCCCACGAACUUUCUUCAUUGUAAUUAACCCAUUAUUUGAUUGAUAUCCAUGUUUUUGGGCAGGAGUGGUGGCUCAUGCUUGUAAUCCCUGCACUUUAGGAAGCCAAGGCAGGCAGAUCACCUGAGGUCGGGAGUUUGUGACUAGCCUUGGCCAACAUGGCAAUACCUUGGCUCUACUAAAAAUACAAAAAUUAGCCAGGCGUGGUGGUGAGCGUCUGUAGUCCCAGCUACUCGGGAGGCUGAGGCAGGAGAAUCACUUGAACCUGGGAGGCAGAGGUUGCAGUGAGCCAAGAUCGCGCCAUUGCACUCCAGCCUGGGCAACAGAGCGAGACUCCGUCUCAAAAAAAAAAUCCAUGUUUUCCACCAGACUGCAGUCUCUUCAGUGCUAGGGACUCUUGCCCCUGCCAUAUCCCUCAAUGCCUGUCACACAACAGAAGACCUCAGUAGACAGGUGAAUGAAUGACCCUGGGGGUGAGGCAAGAGAAGAGUUGGAGCAGGCAGGGAGUAAAUAUUUGCCCUCAUUCAGUGUCUAAAGAGUGGAUGGCAUGGUGAGCACAGUAGCUGGUGAUAGCAGAGAGGUUUGGGAGAAGCCAGAGGGAAAGGGACCUUAGCACCGAGCGGAGGAGUGAAUUUCAGCCAGAGAGCUGUUGAGACCCACUGUAGGGGUGCAAGCAGGGAGGGCUUUGGGUCUGAGCUUUUAAAAACUUACUCUGCAACCAUGUGAAGCAUAGACUCAAGGGAACUCAGACAGGAGGCACAGAGUUGGGAGGCUGUAGAGUGGCACAGGCGAGAGAUGAAGACUUGACCAUAGGGAUAGAAGGGGUAGUGAUGGCCACAGGAUUGUCUCUCUUAGCUGUGCUGUGGCACAUUAGGGCGGAGCCUGGUUUAUGCGGAUAUGUAGAGAAAUUUGGCUGCUGGGAGGAGGAGGAAGGGAGGAAAAGAGAUUGGACAGCUGAUGAAUGAAGGAUGGCAGAUGGAUGAUGGGUAGAGCAUGAAUGAUGGAGGAAUGAUGUCUACCUGGCUAGCAAGAGGACGAGUGGAAUUUUGGGCUGAAGCGGGUGUGAUCAAGGGAGGGAGAGUGGAUGGCUGCCUGGGUGGAAUCUAUGGGUGAAUUUUUACACAUCAGACUUUGUAGCAAAUUGUCAGCAAACUUGUCUCCUGCAUUUGGCCCAGUCAUUGAGCAGAUAGGUCCUGGAAGAGCUGUGUUUCAGCUUCAGAGACUAGCCAUGCUGCCCCUGGCCAGGCCCUGAACAUGGCAGGCCAUCCCAGACACUCAGCCCAGGAUUCCAAGUGCCUAGAUUCUUGGUAGGGGAGGUAGCAAGUGUCUGAACCCCUGUCUGCAAGGGGUUCUCCAUCUAGCCCAGCUACUGAAAAGGGGGGUGGCUGCAUCCCUCUUGGAGGUGACUUCCUGUGAAAGCAAGAUAAGGAAGCUGGGACUUAAACUUCAGGUUCUUGGACCUUAGGUGGGGUUGAUCUCUUUCAGUCUCACAUCACCAUUUGGAAUCUGAAACCAGAAACCGGCCUGAGGUCAGACCAGCCAGGGCCUGCACCAGGCCUGGAGCAGUGAGGCCAGGACCCUGUGAUUGAGCACCUAGGUGGCGACAGCAGGCACUGCUGGCUGGCUGUGGAUUCCUUUCCUAGAUGGCCCCUCCCUCUUUCCAUUUGGGGCACAGGGGUUACCUGGAGAGGUCUGAUGAGGAGGCUUUGGGGGACUGGAGGUAGGAGGUGGCACAGGUAGAGAAUCUGCACAAAGCGGGCUGGCAUGGCAGUGGGGAGUUCUCUGGCUGCAAGGAACGGGGCAGGACUCCCAGCUGGCAGAGUGGAGUGAGUCUUUAACCUGCUGGGCCAGUGCAUGGGUGCCAUCUUUGCCAGCCACCUUGUGGUGCACCUCACUGCCGUCUCCAUUGAUCCAGCAGAUGCCAACGUGCGGGACAAGAGCUAUGCAGGGCCCCUGCCCAUCUUCAACCGAAGCCAGCAUGUUCAUGUCAUUGAAGACCUGCACUGCAACUUGUGCGACGUGGAUGUGAGCGCUCGCUCCAAGCACUGCAGUGCCUGCAACAAGUGCGUGUGCGGUUUCGACCACCACUGCAAGUGGCUCAACAAUUGUGUGGGCGAGCGGAACUACCGGCUCUUUCUACACAGUGUUGCAUCCGCUUUACUGGGCGUCCUGCUCCUGGUGCUGGUGGCCACAUAUGUCUUCGUGGAGUUCUUUGUCAACCCCAUGCGUCUGCGCACCAACCGACACUUUGAAGUCCUGAAGAAUCACACGGAUGUGUGGUUCGUGUUCCUGCCCGCCGCCCCCGUGGAGACCCAGGCCCCUGCCAUCCUGGCCCUAGCCGCCCUGCUCAUCCUUCUGGGCCUCCUGUCCACAGCCCUCCUGGGGCACCUGCUCUGCUUCCACAUUUAUCUCAUGUGGCACAAGCUCACCACCUAUGAGUACAUCGUGCAGCACCGCCCACCACAGGAGGCCAAGGGGGUUCACAGGGAGCUCGAGUCAUGUCCUCCCAAGAUGCGGCCCAUUCAGGAGAUGGAGUUCUACAUGCGGACCUUCAGACAUAUGCACCCAGAGCCCCCUGGCCAGGCCAGGCCAGCAGCAGUGAAUGCCAAUCCCUCCCAGUUUCUUGCCACCCGUGGCCAAGCGGAACCUCCACCACCCUCUUCCCCAGACACUCUCGCCCUGCCUCCCCGGAUCCGACCCCAGAAAAAGAGGAAGAGGCGCGUGUAUAAAGUGCGAACUUCUGAGACCUCGGAUCCGGUGUCGGGGCCCAGGGCCCCCGGCCGCCGCUCCAGCUCGUCGACGGAUUCCGCGGACGCCAGCCCUGUGCACGCCGCUGGCCCUGCCAGCGCCUACCACUCGGCGUCGGCAGAGUCCGUGGACGAGAUUCCAGUGGCGCAGACGCGCCUGGGCAGCGCCGCUCUGGCCGCCCCGCGGGGCCGGGGCCGACAGCCCACGCUGGCGCGGCAGGCGCGUGCGCCCGCCGUUUUUGUGAGCCCGAGCAGCGGCAAGCCCAGGGCGCCAGGCGGCCGGGAGGCUGGUCUGGCUUAGCUGGGCCAAGAGGCCAGAGGGCCGAGUUGGAGCUGCCGGCCCGACUCUCUAUGCAACACCCCAUCCUUGCCUCACCGAGUGCACUUUAGGGGCCCCUACGGCCGGCGGGAUCGGCCUCCCUCCCCCACGACUCAGCAAUACCCGCCCCACCGGCUGUGAUGCUCCAAUAAACUUUUGUAUGCUUUUGCGGA